UUUUGCCGCAGGGUCAGUGAAUAAAUCCGGUUUUCAUUUCAACAAUUUUCUGCACUCAAUUGCAGAAACCAGGAGAAAAAAGCCCAGGCGUCCCGAGGGUCGGCUCCGUGUGGACUGAAAUGAAAGGGAAAGAGCGGUCGCCGAUCAAAAAACGCUCGCGGGCCUUGGACGACAUCAGAGACAGGGGAGGAUGCCACCCGACCAGCAAGAAAAUGGGGGCUCUCUCCGUUUCCAGCGGGAGCAAUAAUGGAAACAGCUCGACCAAAAGCGACGGCGGCUCGACGAGAAGGAGUUUACUCGGUGAGAAAAGAGAGCGGGACUUUGACGGCCACAGUCGGACUGGUAAUAACCACGGCUGUCAGUCCGCGGCCGCUAGCUCCAUCGGUAAAAACCACAACCUGAGCCUCACGCUGGACUUAGCCUCCGCGAGGACCACCUCACGGGGCGAGCAGCGCGUGCAGCCGCCGAGCACCGAGAGUGAGUACAAAACCCUCAAAAUAAGCGACCUCGGCACCCAGCUGAGCGACGAGGACAUCGAGGACGGACUCUUCCACGAGUUUAAAAAAUUCGGAGACGUGAGCGUGAAGAUCAGCCGCAGCAACGACGAGCGGAUCGCGUUCGUCAAUUUCCGGAAGCCGGAGGACGCCAGGGCCGCUAAGCACGCGAGGGGACGGCUGGUGCUGUACGACCGGCCGCUGAAGAUCGAGGCAGUGUACAUCAACCGGAGGAGAAGCCGCUCCCCCGUGGAGAGAGACUUGUAUGGUGCAGCCCAAAGCCACAGACAUUUGCAGAGACCGCUCUCGCCCACCGGGCUCGGGUACAGAGACUACCGGCUGCAGCAGCUGGCCCUGGGACGGCCCCCUCCCCCGCCGCCCCCUCUGCCCAGAGAGCUGGAGCGGGACCGGGAGUUUGCCCUGUUUGAAGCCAGGGCGCGCCCAGCUUUCAUUGCAGAGCGAGCAGCUUUUCGUGAGGAGGAUUUUAUAUCUCCAGAAGAUGACCAAAGAGCCAAUAGGACGUUGUUUUUAGGCAAUCUGGACAUAACUGUCACCGAGGCAGACCUGAGGAGAGCUUUUGACAGGUUUGGGGUCAUAACUGAAGUGGACAUUAAGAGACCCACACGAGGACAAACCAGCACAUAUGGAUUUCUGAAAUUUGAGAAUCUUGACAUGGCUCACCGUGCUAAACUUAGUAUGUCUGGCAAAAUAGUAGGCCACAACCCCAUAAAGAUAGGUUAUGGGAAAGCGACUCCCACCACACGCCUGUGGGUGGGUGGACUUGGACCCUGGGUUCCUGUAGCUGCCCUAGCAAGAGAGUUUGAUCGCUUUGGCACUAUAAGGACCAUUGACUACAGAAAGGGGGACACUUGGGCCUACAUUCAAUAUGAAAGUCUGGACGCUGCACAAGCGGCAUGCACACACAUGAGGGGCUUUCCGCUGGGAGGUCCAGAGAGAAGACUCAGAGUGGACUUUGCUGACACUGAGCACCGUUACCAGCAGCAGUUCCUGCAGCCUCUCCCAAUACCACCGUUUGACAUGGUGGCUGAGUCAUUUGUCCACCGUGCCACACCUGAACCUCUGAGGGUCAGGGAACGGACUCCACCGCCACUUCAUUUCAGGGAAAGGGAGCUCUUUCCUGGAACCGAGUGGCCCAAUCCAGCUAUUCGUGAUCGGGUACGUGCUUCACCCUUUGAGCCUCUGGAGCACUUGGAACGUGAGCGGCGUGCACGAGAGCCCUGGUCAUUGGAGCGAGAGCUGCAGGGACGAGAACCUGCACGCAAGCGGCGUAUAAUGGAGGAUGGACGCCAUAUAGACCACUCCCCCGACAGCACUGAGAGGACCGUACGGCGUAGACGUGCUUCUCCAGAUGGCAGUCCCGGAGAUAGCAGCAGAGAUGGAGGCCGCUUCAGUGACUCGGAGCGCCCUCUGCGCGCCGAGAGACCCUCUCCCGCACGAGAACGCCACAGCAGCCUGGAAAGAGGUGUGGCUGAACGGAGACUCAAAAUCCAGAGUCUCUCCGACAAGGGACCAUCAGGCAGCAGUGUUUCAGCAGUUGGAGAGCGUAAGCGCAAAGCUGGUGAUGGUGGCAAAGGGCCGGCCAAAAGAGAACGUUCUGAGAACAUUUCCAAGGGUGGCCAGCCGUCCAAACCAGACGGCACAAAACUCGGUUUGGCCUGGCAUGGCAUGCUGCUACUCAAGAACAGCAACUUCCCAGCCAACAUGCACCUGCUGGAGGGCGAUCACAAUGUGGCCAGCGAUCUGCUUGCUGAGGGCACAUCAGGGCGACAGGUGAGCGAGCUAAAGAUCACUCAGCGUCUCCGUCUGGACCAGCCCAAGCUCGACGAGGUGUCCCGGCGAAUCAAGGUGGCAGGUCCCGCCGGCUACGCCAUCCUGCUGGCAGUUCCUGGGACCACAGAGGAUUCAUCAUCUUCUGACCCUGCGGCCUCAACUCAGCGGCCGCUUCGCAACCUGGUGUCCUACCUCAACCAAAAACAAGCAGCUGGAGUCAUCAGCCUACCUGUGGGAGGGAGCAGAGAUAAAGACAACACAGGGGUUCUUCAUGCGUUCCCUCCCUGUGAUUUCUCCCAGCAGUUCCUGGAUUCCUCUGCCAAAGCUCUGGCUAAAAGUGAAGAGGACUAUCUGGUCAUGAUUGUGGUUCGUGGAGCAUCUUAAAAAAAAAAAGAAAGAAAAAUCAGAACACGCUCAAGUUAAAGUGGUGUAAAAAAAAAAAUCUGCUGUAUGUCAGUAACUAUUGCAUGCUGUGUGUUCUGCAUUAUGGGGUACACUAGUAUGGUUCUUGGGUGUUUAUAUGUUACCAUGUAAUCCACUAAAAUAACAAACCCUGCCCUCUUACUAAACUAAAAGGAUGUGUGUUUUUGAAAUUAUUUUUUAAGAGUAUGAAUUGCUCACAGUCAUAAACCUGCAGUAAUUCAGUCCGCACACAGUUAAACAGUAAAAUAUGAGGAGCAUUUGUUGAAUACAUUUCAUUUAAGAAGAGAUGAGUCAUAUAGACAAUAUUUUUUUGGUUCAUUUACAGGUUUUGAAUCUUAGCUCUCUAACUCUAUUAAAAAAAAACUAAACAAUUCAGAUUUUCACUGAGUAGACACAAUAAUACCUCCACUACAAUAGAGCCACAAACAAUGGCCUCAACCUACCAUGGUGUUGAGGCCACACCUCCCUGACUCUGUGUCAACAACAGCUGAAGUGUACAAGUUUAAAAAGGUCAUGUUUGUGUCUGGGCUAUUGUACUGCAUAGCCUUAUAUUGUAUGUAGGUGUUAUUGUGUCUACCCCCUAUAUAGGCAUUUAUAUUUUCUAUAUAGAAAAACAGCCCUUUUCAAGGCUUUGAGUUACAGCGCAAAAAUAUUUCUACCACUGAGCCUGACAUGUUUUAAUUGAACGUUCUUAGUGAGGGUGUAGUGAAUGGUUUGGUACUGCAGUUUCAAAGCGAAUCAAGAAAAAAUAAUCCCGGUAGCAUUUUGAAGGUCAAAACAUGUUUCACAGCUUUUUACCACACAACAUUCACCAGAGGUUUUUGGCUUCAGUCAUUAGGUAACCAGCCUGAUGUCAACAAAAUAGCCAAAACAGUUUGGUGAAUGGAGUGCGGUAAAAUGCAACAGUUAUGCGUUGUGUUUUAACUUUGAUGGGCUCACACUGGCCUGCAUGUAUGUGCUCUCAAAGUUGGAAAACAUUUUGAAGGUCACCAGUUAGAACGUCUCUAUAUAUACUUGCACAUUUCAGUCACCUAAAUUGUGAAUUCUGUUUAAAAAAAAUUACAAAUUAUGUUGAGGUUCAUGGUUUGGAUUUUAGAGUAUCUUUUAUUAAUGUAUUCGUCAGUAUUGGAACACCAAAUUGCAAGAUAGACAAUGAACUCGGUGUGUGGCCACUGGUUAAACUAAAUUGUUACGUCAACUCUAUGUGGAAUGCUGAAUACUAACAGAUGUGAUAUUUUUGCCCAGGGAACAGCCCCUAACAAAAUACGCAUAGCAUAGUAAAGCAAAUACUAACAUGUUUUACAUAUUUUUUACUUCAUAUUUUAUUUUGUGCAUCCCUACCUUUAGAAAUGGUUGUGUAAUGUGAUCUAUGAAAAACUACAGUAGUAAUGGAUAAAAAAAAGCUUAGAGUUUUGUGUUGUUUCAUUUAUUGCUCUGAAACCAGUAGGUCCUCUAAUAAUAAUAAUAAUAAUAUUCAGUAUCAGUAAAAUGUUGGUACAAAGUGACAAAAACCUGCUCUUUGUUCAGUAAGUAGGUCUGAGUAAUUUAAAAGUUUUAGAAACACUUUAAAGGUUAAUGUUUGAAUUUAAAUUUUAGAAGUAUACAUUUGACACUAUUUAAAUCUCGCCUGCCAACAUGUUCCCAAGGCCUACCUACUGAAUUUUGUUUUGCCAUUGUAUGUUUGUCAUGCAAUAGAAAUUCGCUGAUUAUGGUUUAAUAUGUAUUGAAAACAUUAAUAUGUCAGAAAAUUGUUGUGUGUGAACAUCACACCCACUUCAACGUUGGACUCAUGAGGAGACGAGUGCAGAGAUGAAACCCUCUGCAGAGAAAGUGUUUGUGAGUCCUCACUAAUGAGGCAACUUUUAAGUUGUGUAUCCCAACUGCACCUGUGAUGACUUCUGUUUAAAAUGGAAAAUUGAGCAAUGUACACUUUGAUGUCAUGGGAAAGGAAAACCCAUAGAGCCCAUGCGAAGCUGUUCACAUACCUGCAAGUGCGUUUGGGCACUCAAUGUGACCGAUUAUCAAUAAAUUGUUCAUUUGAAGGGAAACAUGUUUCUUCGAUGG